CCGGCAGCUUCGCAUGCACAACACAAGGACGUCCGUCAACAUUUCGUGUUACUUUAACACAUUUUAACCAUUUAAUUUAUUCCUAAAGACUCGUUCAGUUGUUAUUCUCUGCCACAAAUCUGAAGAUGCCACCCAAACCUUUAGAGCCUCUGGCCAAGAAACUCAUGAAGGGAGUGAUCGUUCUGGAGCUGAUGGGUGUCUUGGGAGCGUACGGUCUGUUUCACAUGAUGAACAACAGUCAAGAUUUCAGGAAAACCAUGAACAGGAGAUUUCCAUCGCUUCUCGAAGAGCUGACAUUUGAAUGUGUGGGAGACCAACUUUCUAUCUACAAAGGCUCAAAAAAUCUACAAGGUAUGUGAUUGUUAGUUUUGUCCAUAGCGAUGAAAACCUCACAAAAUGUUAAUGGCACUGAAAUAGUUGAAGAUGUUAUA